GGAUGCUACUCAACUCAGCCAACAGCCGAGACAACCGGCGGCACCCGCCUUCCGCCGUUCGGCGGCCCUCGACCCCUCGCUCGCUGCAAUGAGGAAAUGUUCCGGCGUGCUCCUCAUCUUCACCCUCGCCGUCGUGCUCCUCCUCCUCUCGCCCUCGCCCUCCCCAGCCCCACCACCCACCACCGCCGCCACCGGCCCGGUCGCCCACCUCCUCCCCUCCCUCCCAGGCCUCUCCGACCUCUACCCUCCCCCCGCCAACUCCACCGCCCAGCUCUCCUGGGGCCUCCUCCGCCCGCUCCUCUGCCGCUCCGACGCUCUCCCGGGCACCGCCACAGGCGUCCUCGAGGCCGCCGAUGCCUGGCGGAACCUCACCCUGGCCGUGGCCGCCGCCGCGGCAGACGAGGAGGGGCGCGCCCAAGGACCCAGCUGCCCGUCGUCCGUGGAAGGGGAUCUGGGCGCGGGCCGUGCCGGGAUCCCGUGCGGGCUCGCGGAGGGCGCCGCCGUGACGGUGGUCGGGGUGCCUAGGGAGGGGGCGGCCCGGUUCAUGGUGGAGAUGGUGGGUGCGGGCGGCGAGGUGGUUCUGCACGUCAAUGUGAGCCUGGGAGCCGCGGGGAUGCUGGUGGAGCAGAAUUCAUGGACGCCCCAGGAGGGGUGGGGGGAGUGGGAGCGGUGCCCACAGGAUGGUGAUGUCGGCAGCAGCAAUAGCAGCUUACAGCGAAGUCUAGUUGAUGGGCUUGUUCGUUGCAAUGAGAAAAUGGGUUCCAGCAUCAUCCAGGAGAAUAACAGUACCAUGAUAAAUGUUACUGGGAACCAACCUGGAGAUGGGCAGAGACCAAAAGAGCGCAGUCAGUUAAGUGGCAGCUUCUCAAUUGUUGAAGGAGAGCCUUUUACAAUAACUGUGUGGGCUGGUGUAGAGGGGUUCCAUAUCACAGUAAAUGGCCAGCAUGAAACAUCAUUUGCCUAUAGAGAGUGGUCAGAGCCAUGGUUGAUAGCAGAAGUCAAGGUUUCUGGUGAUUUGGAGCUCUUGUCAUUCUUGGCUAAUGGAUUGCCAGUUUCAGAAGAAAUAGACAUGGCUAGUGUCGCACUUCUGAAGGCCCCACCUCUGCCAAAGAAGCGAGCUUUUCUACUGGUGGGUGUUUUCUCUACUGGAAACAACUUCAAGCGGCGGAUGGCUCUGAGGCGAACAUGGAUGCAAUAUGAGGCUGUUCGCUCAGGCGAUGUAGUAGUCCGAUUUUUCGCUGGUCUUCAUAAGAGUGAGCAAGUCAAUAUGGAAUUAUGGAGAGAAGCUCAAUUGUAUGGUGAUAUCCAAUUGAUGCCCUUUGUUGACUACUAUAGUUUGAUCACUUUUAAGACCAUAUCAAUUUGUAUUUUUGGGACCAAAAUUGUUCCUGCAAAGUACAUCAUGAAAACAGAUGAUGAUGCUUUUGUUAGGAUCGAUGAAGUGAUCUCAAGCCUGAAGAAGAGCAACUCCCAUGGCCUUCUGUAUGGUCUUAUUUCUUUCCAAUCUUCACCACACAGAGAUAAAGAUAGCAAAUGGUUCAUCAGUAGGAAGGAAUGGCCUUACGACAUGUAUCCACCAUGGGCUCAUGGUCCCGGAUACAUAAUCUCACGUGACAUUGCUAAGUUUGUAGUCCGAGGCCAUCAGGAGCUGACUCUUCAGCUAUUCAAACUCGAAGAUGUGGCAAUGGGGAUUUGGAUCCAACAGUACAAGAGCAGCGGGCAGCAAGUAAACAUCGUGACCGAUGACCGGUUCUACAGUGAAGGAUGCGAUGCUGACUAUGUCCUUGCGCACUACCAGAGCCCAAGGCUUAUGAUGUGCUUGUGGGAGAAGCUUAAGACGGAAUAUCAAGCUAUAUGCUGUGAAUAGCAUCUGCAUCAACUUUCGCAAGUAGGAGAGCGAUAGGUUAGCCUCGUUGUACAACACAUUACUGAGAUUUUGACGCUUAGUGGAAAGUUGUUGGGACUACGCACGCAACACUUUGUAACAUUGGGUAACUCACUGAACAGAUGUUGAAGAGAGUUGUAAAGCAUAUGCUUGAGAGGCAGUUCCCACCUGCUGAUAGUUAUUAUUCUGCCA